UUUCGAUAUGUAUGACAGGGCUCAUAGACUGACCGAUGUUACUGUGGGAAGUACAACACCUAAUUUGGGGCCUGGAUCAUAUGAUGUUUCGCAGGUGCUAAUAGAAAAAGCAGAUAGCUAUGCACCGUUCAUGUCAAUGUCAAACAGAGAAUCUAUUUUUCAUGUUCCAAAUGCUGUGGUUGCUGCGCCUGGACCAGGGCAGUAUGAUGCAAAACCUGCAAAGGAACAUAUUUUGGGUGGAAAAAGCAUUCAGAACAGGUCAAAGCGUUUUGGAGAGAAUAUCUCAGAUGUACCAGGUCCUGGAUCCUACAAUGUGUCUCAAUUUGUAGACACAGAGAAAGCCAGUAAGAAUGAAAAAGACCCACCAAUGAAAAAGAGCCUAAAAACGGUCUGUUCAAACCAUAUAAAGUACCUGCGGAAGCCUGACAUCCCAUCAAUCCCCUCUCCUGGCCAGGCUUUUGGAUAUGAGGAAAUUGAAGAUAGAACGCUAUGUAAACAGUCUCCACCACCACGAGAUAUAACUCUUGGUCCAGCAUUCUACAAUCCUCAACAAGUGGAAAGCUUUUCGACUCAGAAGUAUAGAGGCGUGCAUUUUGGAAACCUCACUGCAAAACGUUGUAUUCUGAAAGUAAAAGAGGGACCAGGACCAGGGCAUUAUGAAAUAUUACAGGAUAAUGCACAGCAUUAUGAAAAUGUCAAUAUGAAGAAGGAAAAAAAGAAAUGUGAGCACUUCAUCCCACGAUAUCAUGAAUCAGUCACACUGCAAGAACAAAAGAAGGGGGUUCCUGGUCCAGGCAAAUAUGAAAUUAAAAGCUACUUUGAAAAAGGAAGUACUAAAGAGGCGUCAGCAGUUUUGAACCCACCCUUCCUUUCCAAAACACAGAGAUUUGCACCUAUUAAAUCAAUCACUCCAGCCCCAGGUUCCUAUAAUGAUCCCCGUACAGCUUUGCAGUACUUGACGAAGAUUGCAAGCAUGAAGAGAAGUCCUUUUGGGCUAACUGCAGUUCGGUUCAUUCCGGAAUCUAUAAAAGCAAAAACACCAGGUCCUGGAGCGUAUAAUAUAUUUAACUAUGGACUUGCACAAGAAAGUUUGAAAAAGACAUACCUUGAGAGCACAAGAAAAGGAGGGUUUGGCUCUACAGCUACACGAACCCCUGAAUUUCUAAAGAGGCAAGAUGUUACGACACCAGGUCCUGCUCAGUAUCAGCUUAAGGACAAGCCUGAAGGGAGAUCUACAAGUCAUAAAUCAUCUGUGUUUGGUUCAGCAACAGAAAGAGAACUGACUCCCGUUGUAGCAAAGGAUGCUCCUCCUCCAGGGUCCUAUGACAUCCAAAAAGCCUUUGAGAAAACACAUGGGAAAGGUUCCUAUGUCCCACCCCGCACAGAAGGAGCCAGAAGGCGACAAGGUUCUUUUCUCAGUGCUGCUCCCAGACAUUUGGGUUUGGUCAGAUUUGAUCUAGACAUUCCAGGGCCAGCUCAUUAUGAUCCUGUGGUGAAGUCAACUCCCAAGAUGGCUUUAAUGGUAACCAGAGAUCAACGCUUCAAGGAACCUAAAGAGACGGUUCCAGGCCCUGGGUCUUAUGAGGUGAUUUAUAAUCCCAAAGCUUCUGUUUUAGUUUAUAUUAUUACUUGAUUUUUUUUUUUAGCAGUAGCCACGUCAAGUGACCCCCCCUCCCCCACUGAAGAAAAUGAAGUUUGCAUUAAUGAGCCUAAUAAGCAUCCCCCGUGAUUGUUAUAUUAUAUUUCACUUACUUUAACACUGCAGGUAUAUCAUCCACCCAUGGGGGAAUGGCUCUGU